UUCAGUUACGGAGGCCCGGAAUCCCAAAAGCAUUAUUAUACACACACCAUCAUCUCUCCGCUACCGGUGACCCGCAGUUCCGGUACUUCUUCCAAAUGCAUUCCGAGAUGACAAUGCAAACCCUAGGCGCCCUUUCCUUCCCGUCCAGCCACUGGCGUUCCCCGUUCCCGGUCACCGGCCUCCCUACCACUAGAACCUCAACCUCACUCUCAUUCUUCCGUACAGUGAAAUGCUGCGCUCUCACAAGCUCCCCUUUAGUUGACAAUGAGAUAAAGUUUGUGGAAGCGGCUAAAAGAUCGAAUCUAGUGCCACUUUAUCAAUGCAUAUUCUCCGAUCAGCUCACUCCGGUUCUAGCUUAUCGGUGCUUGGUUAAAGAAGAUGAUCGGGAGGCUCCGAGCUUUCUUUUCGAGUCAGUGGAGCCUCAUCCUAUUGUUUCGAGUGUUGGGCGUUAUAGUGUAGUUGGAGCUCAACCAACAAUGGAAAUCGUUGCAAAAGAACAUAAGGUGAUGAUAAUGGACCACGAGGAAGGUCGCUUGACUGAAGAGUUUGUUGAAGAUCCAAUGGUGAUUCCGAGAAGAAUCUCGGAGGAUUGGAAGCCUCAACUUAUUGACGAACUCCCGGGCACAUUUUGUGGUGGCUGGGUAGGAUAUUUCUCGUACGAUACAGUUCGGUACGUUGAGAAGAAAAAGCUUCCAUUCUCUAGCGCUCCAAAGGAUGAUAGAAAUCUUGCUGACAUACAUCUUGGCCUCUAUGAUGAUGUGAUUGUUUUUGAUCAUGUGGAGAAGAAAGCAUAUGUGAUUCACUGGGUGAGGCUAGAUCGGUAUACCUCUGUCGAGAAGGCUUAUAAUGAUGGGGUGAAACGCUUGGAAGUAUUACUAUCCAAAGUACAGGAUAUUGACCCCCCAAGGCUUUCUCCAGGGUCUGUGAAAUUACACACUCACCAUUUUGGUCCUGCUUUAAAGAAGUCAACCAUGACAAGCGAAGAAUACAAGAAUGCCGUACUACAGGCCAAAGAACAUAUUUUGUCAGGAGAUAUCUUCCAGGUUGUAUUAAGUCAAUGUUUUGAACGGAGAACAUUUGCAGACCCAUUUGAAGUUUAUAGGGCUUUGAGAGUUGUGAAUCCAAGUCCGUAUAUGACUUACUUGCAGGCUAGAGGGUGUAUUCUGGUUGCUUCAAGUCCAGAAAUUCUUACGCGUGUAAAGAAGAAUAAGAUUGUCAAUCGGCCAUUGGCUGGAACUGUGAGAAGGGGAAAGACAAAGAAAGAAGAUCAUAUGUUGGAAGAUCAGCUGCUAAGUGAUGAAAAGCAAUGUGCAGAACACGUCAUGCUUGUUGAUCUGGGUCGAAAUGAUGUUGGAAAGGUCUCAAAAUCUGGUUCUGUGAAGGUGGAAAAGCUCAUGAAUGUUGAACGGUAUUCCCAUGUGAUGCACAUAAGCUCCACGGUUACGGGAGAGUUGCAAGAUCAUCUCACUUGCUGGGAUGCCCUUAGUGCUGCAUUGCCUGUUGGAACUGUUAGUGGAGCUCCCAAGGUCAGGGCCAUGGAGAUAAUUGACGAGCUGGAAGUGACAAGACGCGGACCAUACGGUGGAGGCUUUGGAAGCAUUUCUUUUUCCGGUGACAUGGACAUUGCAUUAGCUCUAAGGACAAUGGUAUUCUCCACGGCAACCCGAUAUGACACAAUGUACUCUUAUAAGGAUGCAACCACACGCCAGGAAUGGGUUGCUAACCUUCAAACUGGUGCUGGUAUAGUGGCUGACAGUAGUCCCGAAGACGAACAACAGGAAUGUCAGUACAAAGCUGCUGGUCUUGCCCGUGCCAUUGACUUGGCGGAAUCAGCAUUUGUUAAUACUAGCUGAUGCUCUAUGCCUCUAUGCAAUGGCACAGCCCUCCCCCUUUUUUUUAUUUAUUUGAGAGGGGAGGUAGAGCGGGUCAAACCCGAUACAGGAUGGAGAGUAGCUUAGUAUGUCCCACGGCCAACUAAGCUAUACGGCCAUUGGGACAUACUGUAAUUUUAUUUUGAAAUAAUUUGUAGCAAGUUUUCAGUAUGAUCGAUCUAUAUGUAAUAUUCAUAUUUCGAUAUAUGAUAUUAUUUAGCAUUUAGAGAA